AUGGUCGAGCACCAAGAAAGCACACCUGCCCUUCACUUUCUCUUGCACUACAAACAGAAACACAUCAUCAGCUCAUCCAUUAGAAACAUGGCUUGCCAUCAAAGAUCUGCAAGUUUGCCUUCUAUCGCCCACUCCAGUGAAUCCAAAGUGGAGGUGGAGCUGCAGGGCCUGGAGUCAUGCAUCUCUUCACCCUCCGCAACCAUCGACACAAUGUGUGGUGGUUAUGCAAGGCUUGGAGACAUCUACAACUGCAUAGAGGAGAUCAUGGGCUUGCCCAGCAACCAAGUUGGCCUCUCCUUCCCCCAAAACAAGAAAAUGGUGGAAGAGGAACUGGAGCGAUCCCUCGUGCUGAUUGAUCUUUGCAAUUCCAUGCAAGAGAAUUUAGCAGAGCUGAAGAUGAGUACCCAGGAGCUGCAACUGGUUCUCAAAAGAGGAGAUGAUGCGGCUGUUCAACUCAAGGUUGAGUCCUUCAUUCGCCUGGCGAAGCAGGCUCAGAAGCCUUUCAAGAAGAUCACAAGCAGCAAAGCUAGUGGUGAGGAUUGCAGGCUGAUCAGGCUACUGGCGGAAGCCAGAGAGAUGUCUGUCUCUCUACUCGAGUCCACAUCGCAGCUGUUGCCGAAGCAGUUCGCCACUACCAAAGGAAGCAAAUGGUCUCUUAUCCAGAAAAGAAAGGUCGUUUGCGAGGAGGAACAGUUGCAGGUGCUAGAGCGAAGCAUGGGAGAUCUUGAGAACGGUGCGGAGCUUCUGUUCAGGAGACUGAUCCAAAGCAGGGUUUUACUCCUGAACAUUCUCAGCUCGUAG